AUGUUUUGCUACAAAAUCAAGUACCCUGAAAGCUUCCUGAAUAUCGCUAAGGUCCCCGAAACAAAGUGCAGUGUAACCUUGACGUAUAACAAGAUUCUACCACGUGAGGUCACAAUUGUGAAAAUCAUCGCAAUGCAAGCGGCAAAUGAAAAAAGGUUGGCCAAAAAGUCAUGGCCAUUCGGCAAUGUUUCCGAGGCACGUUCAACUGGAUACCUCUUUUCGGUCUCCUCCCGUGGAGUUGCGUACGUUUUUUGGACAAGAUGUGGUGAACUUCUGCGAGCGGAUGAACAUCUCAUGGCUCGCGCUCUUCAAGUCGUUCAAGACGGACACAGGUUCUUCGCCAACCGCAAAAUAGUCGACAUCUUCUCUGCACCCCACUAUUGCGUACAAUUCGACAACUCGGCAGCCACCAUGAAGAUUUCAUUUUAUGAGGUUCCGUUUCCGAUUAGCCGAGAAAAGUUUAUCGAAAACAACUUUAAUUCAUCGGAUGGCAUU